CCGCGGGUGUGUCCUAUAAAUGGCGUCGGAAAGCGACACCGAGGAAUUCUUUGAUGCCCCUGAAGAUGUGCACCUAGGGGGCGGCUACCCUGUAGGGUCUCCAGGAAAGGUUGGGAUUUCAACAUCGAAGGAAACAGAGAACACUGCAUACAAACUUGGAAGUGAGUCCCCUGUACAAGAAUUGAAACAAGAUGUGUCUAAAAAGAUUAUUGAAAGUAUUAUUGAGGAGAGUCAGAAAGUCCUACAGCUUGAAGAUGACUCUUUGGAUUCCAAAGGAAAGGGACACUCUGGUCAGGCCACUGCAAGUCCUAUCAUGGCAGGAACAGAUCUUAGCAAUAUACCUGGACUGUUAGCCAUAGAUCAAGUACUACAGGAAGAUUCCAAAAAGGCGGAGAGUCAGAAUGUAUUUGAAGAAACUGAAUUAGAGUCAAAAAAAUGUUUUCCUUCUGAUGACACCAGUGAGAAACCAGUAGAUGAAACCACUAAGGUAACUGAAAUAAGUUCAGCUGAGCAGCUUAAUGUUAAUGUGCCUGAAACUGAAACAGAAGUAUUGAACAAAGAAACCAUGGAAGUCAAAGGAAGUGACAUUCUAGAACCUGCGUCCUCAAACUCCUUACCUACUAAAGAUUUUGCUGCUGUGGAAGAAGUGGCUCCUGCCAAACCCCCAAGACAGCUUACUCCAGAACCUGAUAUAGUGGCUAGUACAAAGAAGCCUGUUCCAGCACGCCCGCCCCCUCCAACUAAUUUCCCACCUCCUAGACCCCCACCUCCAUCUCGACCUGCUCCACCACCAAGAAAAAAGAAAAGCGAAUUGGAGUUUGAGGCUCUUAAAACGCCUGAUCUAGAUGUACCCAAAGAGAAUAUUACAUCUGAAACUCUCCUAACUACGACCAUGGCUUCAGAGAGUACAGUCAAGGAUUCUCAGCCUUCUCUGGAUUUGGCAAGUGCUACCAGUGGAGAUAAAAUAGUUACUGCCCAGGAAAAUGGAAAAGCGCCUGAUGGGCAGACAAUAGCAGGUGAAGUGAUGGGCCCUCAGAGACCUAGAUCCAACUCCGGGAGAGAGCUUACUGAUGAGGAAAUUUUAGCCAGUGUAAUGAUUAAGAACCUGGAUACUGGAGAAGAAAUACCUUUGAGUCUUGCGGAAGAGAAACUGCCGACAGGUAUUAAUCCUCUCACUCUACACAUCAUGAGAAGGACUAAGGAAUAUGUAAGUAAUGAUGCAGCGCAGUCAGAUGAUGAAGAGAAGUUACAAUCUCAACCAACAGAUACUGAUGGUGGAAGGUUAAAACAGAAAACGACUCAAUUAAAGAAGUUCCUGGGAAAAUCAGUAAAGAGAGCAAAGCACCUUGCUGAGGAAUAUGGUGAACGUGCUGUGAAUAAAGUUAAAAGUGUUAGAGACGAAGUGUUCCAUACUGAUCAAGAUGAUCCUUCGUCAAGUGAUGAUGAAGGAAUGCCAUACACGAGACCAGUUAAAUUUAAAGCAGCACAUGGUUUCAAAGGACCUUAUGAUUUUGAUCAGAUCAAAGUGGUGCAAGAUCUUAGCGGUGAACAUAUGGGAGCUGUUUGGACCAUGAAAUUUUCUCACUGUGGCCGAUUACUUGCCUCAGCUGGACAAGACAAUGUAGUGAGAAUAUGGGCUUUAAAAAAUGCUUUCGACUAUUUCAACAAUAUGCGAAUGAAGUACAAUACUGAAGGACGUGUGUCCCCGUCGCCUUCUCAGGAAAGUCUAAAUUCAUCAAAAUCUGAUACAGACACAGGGGUAUGCAGUGGAGCUGAUGAAGACCCUGAUGAUAAAAAUGCACCAUUUCGACAACGGCCGUUUUGCAAAUAUAAGGGACAUACUGCAGAUCUCCUUGAUCUUUCAUGGUCUAAAAACUACUUUCUGCUUUCUUCUUCAAUGGAUAAGACAGUCAGGUUAUGGCACAUUUCCAGAAGAGAAUGCCUUUGCUGCUUUCAACAUAUAGAUUUUGUCACUGCCAUAGCUUUCCAUCCAAGAGAUGACAGGUAUUUUCUAAGUGGGUCAUUGGAUGGAAAGCUCCGCCUUUGGAACAUACCUGACAAAAAAGUGGCUUUAUGGAAUGAAGUAGAUGGUCAAACAAAAUUAAUCACAGCUGCAAAUUUCUGUCAGAAUGGCAAAUAUGCAGUGAUUGGGACAUAUGAUGGCAGAUGUAUUUUCUAUGAUACAGAGCAUUUGAAAUACCACACACAGAUACAUGUCCGAUCGACCAGAGGGCGCAACAAGGUUGGAAGAAAAAUUACUGGAAUUGAGCCUUUACCUGGAGAAAAUAAGAUACUGGUAACCUCAAAUGACUCCAGAAUCCGACUAUAUGAUCUUAGAGAUUUGUCACUGUCCAUGAAGUAUAAGGGUUAUGUGAAUAGCAGCAGUCAGAUCAAAGCAAGUUUCAGGUAAAUUGGCAAUGAGAAAUUCCCAAAAGAGAUCAGAACAUUUCGCCUCUACUCCCGUUUUUCCGUUGAUUUAUGCCUUAUGUUUAUAUGGUGUUUUAGUU